UCAACUACUAACAAAAUUGCUGACUGGUAAGUGAUCGUUGGUGCAAAAUGAUUAUUCGGAAAUGCUCUUACUUGCAACGACUCGUUUGUCUUUCGCUGUCCGGAUCCUAAUUUUACUUUUUCUUUUGCUUUACUUGAAUCGUUCUUUUCCCAUUCUAGCUGCCGAGAAUCCAGAGCAUUAUUACAUGUCUUGUAUUGUACAAGGUAUGUAGCAUACAUUACAAAAUAUGAAGUGGCCUCAUGGCCAGAAUAGUUCCCAUUGUCAUUACACCGUUUUCCGAUUUAUUGUCCUUAACUCUUAUUCUCCUCUACUCCUUUAAUGCCAUUCUCAUUUCCAGCCAAUGGUAACCUUGACCAUGCUUUUGGUCUCGAGGACGACAAUAACCAAAAUACACCUCGUCGACGCUUCAAGAAAAAACCUCGCAGGGCUCCAUUCAUGAGCCCGAAGACAUCAACAAGGCCAGAUGCAUUCCUUAAUGAUUGCAACAUCAUUGGUUGUCCUAAUGCCGGGCGUGCGCACGGGGAUUAUUGUGAUGGAUCAACACCGCCCUGGGAAUGUCAUUUGAUCAUCCGCCUGUUGUCUCCAGGGUUGCUGAUGAGGGAAAUCUCGCAGGAGUGCCGAUCUGUCGUAUUUGCCAGUKGUUCGCUCGCCCCCAUACCGAGCAUGUGCGCAGAGUUGAAUCUUUUCGGAAAAGAUCAGUCAACCUCAUCAUUAUUAACAUCACCCUCUUCGAAGUCGAAUCUAUCACACCUUUCUACCCCACCGAUUCGAAGCAGAAUCACUGGUGCCAAACUUCCGGAAAUAUCGCAAGCUCUCUUGGAUUCUCUUGUUAAGAGUACCCACGGGGGCAUCAAGAAAUUGUAUACGAACCGUCUCCAGAUGACACCAAAACCGCUUGAAGCCAACCACGUUGUAAAUCUUCCCAAACAGCUACUGGCUGUGGCAAUCGGAAACUUUCCGGACGGAGAACGAAUGACAAUAUCUUAUAGCAACUACAAGUUUCCAUCAUUCUUCCCCAAGCUUGGCGAUGCAAUAGCCUCUGUCAUUGAGAGUGUUCCGAAAGGGGGGUGUUUGGUCUUCUUCCCCUCAUAUUCCCUACUCCAAAAAUGUGUCUCGUGUUGGAAUGCUACUGGAUACAGCCGAUUUCAGGUUUCUUCCCCGCAAGUCUGGAAUCGUAUUCUUAGAAGCAAGGGAAAAAUUGUUGUUGAGCCAACCGGAAGUCAGGAAGAUUUCGAAAGUGCCCGUGACGAUUUUCAGGACACUAUUCGAGAGACUGGAAGCUGUGUCCUCCUGGCGGUUUUUCGUGGAAAAAUGUCCGAGGGCAUCAGUUUCAAUGACGACUACGCACGUGCUGUCAUUUGUAUUGGAAUGCCGUUGCCCAACUUAAUCGAUCGUCGUAUCAAGGCGAAGAAAGYUUAUAACGACGAGCAGCGGAAGCUCCGACACAAAACCUGCCUCUUGCCAGGUGAGGAGUAUUAUAAGCAGCAGGCUCAUCGUGCCAUUGCUCAGGUAAGUAUUGCAGCAUUUCGUUUGAAGUCCUUCAAUUCGAUUCGGGUAAAAAACCCKUGUAUGUGCAAUACAAUUUUUUUCUGUAUCGCUCAGCCUAAAAUCGAUUUUUCCGUUUUCCUUUGUUGGUUUCUCGGCCCAUUUCUCAAAUUUGCAUUCCGCGUCAUUCUGCUAUUCUAUCAAUCACUAGGCCCUCGGCCGUUGUAUCCGCCACGGGGCUGACUAUGGAACGGUGAUAUUGAUGGACUCGAGGCACUGCGACGACGGAAGUCCCAACGGAGGAAUUUGUCUGGCGCACAAGAAUCUUCCAAAGUGGAUGCGGGGAUCCGUUCGAACCCUUUCAAUGUCUUCUCGCCAAGGGCCGGGAAAACAACCCAUUUUGUGUGGAUACAUGGGUCUAAAGCGGACGAUGCGCUCGUUCUUUGCUACCGCCCCGAUUGCUUCACAGGCUGUCCGUGACAAGUGGAAGGCUGAUCUGGAAGCUGCACGGCAACGGUCAAAGGCGGGUGGCUCGGGCAUGGUAUUUCACCGUGACACUGGAAACUGGACGAAAGUCACAUCAACCAAACCCCGCCGAACCCUACACAUAUGAUACUGCAGCAUUGAAAUGCUAUUCCUACAAACUUUUUUGAGAUUGGAUCUUGAGGAUACUCAAUCAAUAGAUAUAGACGAGCUUG